UAGUCAGUUCUACUUGUGAGUUCGAAUGUGUAAGAUCCAAAUUUCUCAAAGUAAAACAGAGAUAAAAAAACAAACGAAAAUUGUAUAUUUUUUUGGUAUAAAAAAUGUUGUUGCGUUUUUUUUUUUGACUACGGGAUACAGUGCCUUCGAGUCGAACGAAUCACAGCCUCAGGGAGCUUUCGGUGUUGUUUACAGAGGUGCGAUUUCAAUUGAAACCAGUUUAAUUGGAGCGAAUUAAGCGACUUCCCUUAAGAUGAUCUCAGAGUACAUUGCGGUUGUGGUGAAAGCCGGCUUGAAGGCAUACCGUUAUUUCCGGCCACUGCCCCCUGAGCCAUCGGCUGUCCUCGUCUGGACGUCCAUCUGCACCCACUGGGUGGGGGUCCUGGCUGGGCCCGUCAUACUGGCGCUUAUUUUCAAGCGCACCUGCGACAUCAUCAGGAUACGUUGCGCACUCAACGCUGGAGGGGAUCCGGCAAAAAAACCAAAGCCUGCCGGAGGAGAGGCAGGGGCAGAGGGACAGGUGCCCGCCGAGCAGGCCAUAGAGCCUACUGCUGCUGAAGGGGCAGCCCGUCAGGACGGUGGCGAUGGCGAGCAGCAGGAAGUCAAAGCGGAGGAGCGCCCCGACCUGGAGGAUGCCCCGGCCGAAGAAGCCGCUUCUGGCGAUGCUUAGGUCGUCGGAGCACAAGGCCCUGCACACAAAUCGAAAUGAAAGCAAGCUUGCAAGAACCUACACGUCACACUAUUACACGCUUUCAAAUUUUCGGGGAAUCUACAUGCACUCGUUCGACCUGAUGCCCUUCUCGGUGGAUGCUGGAGGACUCGAAGUGUAUCUUUUUGCAUAAAUAAAUUUCUCAUUUCGAUUUGUGGAAUCGCAAUUAAAUUUUUAAUG